AUGCACAAAAAUGCUUCGUUUUUCCCAUUUUGCCUUUUAUAUUUGAUAGGGAUCCAUGGAUCGUUUUGUUUCUUCCUUGUAGAUCAACUACAUCCGGUGUGUCCGACAUCCACAGACUGGCUGUGGUUUGUCCCCUUUUUGGGUAUCUAUUUGGUUGACUGGCUCUUUCGGUUGGCUAAAUCCUGGCGGGCAUACUCUCCGAGCUCGGUGAUCUUGCAUCCUGGAGAUGUUGUCGAAUUGAGGUGGCAAAAGGCUGUCCUUCCAACGUAUAAGCACGGCCAGUACAUACUGCUGACAUGUGAUUCUCUGUCCCGCUUUCAAUCGCACCCGUUUACGUUGACAAGUGCUCCGGAGGAACAGUUCGUUAGUGUACACAUUCGCUCUUUGGGUGAUUGGACUUUUUCUCUGCGUACCCUUUUUGAGAGAAAUACUCAUAAGGAUACCAGUUGCUCUUACUUUCAAGAAAACGGCACGGCCUCCUUUGUAGGUUCGCCUUUUGCCACGUUUUCGAUUGGUGGGAAUAUCUCUAGCAGGAUACUUCUUAUGCCACCGCCGAAUAAAAUCAAGUGGCCAGCCUUUCAUUUAGAUGGCCCGUAUGGCAAUUCUAUCCAAAAAGCCUUUUCGUUUGAAAUUUUGGUUUGCAUYGGUGCUGGAAUUGGCCAGACUCCUUUUGCUUCUCUCCUAAAGUCCAUUUGGUAUCGUCACCCGGUUACUAAUCCCUCGAUUGCCGGUAUAGGCACUUUAUAA